GCCAAGGCUGUACAUUUUGCUCUUUUGCCUGGGGGAGUAUGUACGAGCCAAGGCUGUACAUUUUACUCGCUCAGGCUUCCUUAUUUUAUAAGCUUAAUUAUUCCCUAUGUAAGUACGUGCCAGGGCUCGUACAUUCCGAUCAUCUACAACCGUGAUGUUUUUAUAAGUACGUGCCAGGGCUCGUACAUUCCAAUCAUCCACGAGCGUGAUGUUUUUAUUAUGUAAGUACGUGCUCUGGCUGUACAGUUUGAUCAUUUAUAAGCAUGACGAUUUCCUACAAUCGUCGGAGUCACGCCCCGAGAGUAUAGCCCGACGCAGGCACUCUCUUCGACUGUUACUAUGCAGUCAUUCGUAAUUAACUAACUCAUAGGAGUUUCACCCCGGGAGCAUAGCCAGACGUAGGCACUCUCUCUGUUUGUUAGAUUGCACUUAUUAUAUAGCAAUUAACAUAAUAGUUAUUAAUCCGCUCAUAUUCUAUUGUAUAACGCGAGUGAUAAAUAUAGAGUAAGUUCAAUUUAUUCUAUUAUUUCGAACCCCUGAUGACCCAGGAACCGUACAUUUUGGUCCUUCGAGCUAUCCGGGAAUAGCGGGUCUUUCGCGUACAGUUGAUCGCGUUCGCGUUUUUCUCCGUCAUCCUGAAGAUCGGCGCCGUGGAAAAACAUCCCACUGCUGGUUUGUUGGGUCGUCAAGCAAGUAAGAAACUAUCAUCCGCAUCAAUAGAAAAGAGGAGAGCAAGGAGAAGGAGGAUCCAUAGCGGUCGAAAAGGGAGGCAGGCGACAGGAAGUCCACUCCCAGCAUUUUUAAGGACCCACAGCGGUCAAAAAGUAUAUCAGCGUCCUUUGAACCUAGAAGAAGGCAACGGACGUCAAUCUUCAACAUACGGAGGCAUCUACAGUAAGUCCUUUCCAUUUGUUUUGAGCACUAUAUUUCUGAGAAUUAUCUCAUUUGUGAGCAUAAAUUUACUAAGAAUGAUCUGAAGCAUUCAUUGAGCAUUUUAUCAAGUAUAAGCAUUUAAGAAUCUAUAAUGCAAUAUUUACAAAGCGUUUAGUUAAUUAUUAUAUUAAGCAUAAUGGAGAAUUUAUUCCAAGCUUCGUUUACCGACGGUCUGAAAACCAUCAGGCAUUCAAGAAAAACCGAAGAGUUGCUUCGCAAACAAGCAUAUUUAUUUAGGUCGCUUGAUAAGAUUUUUGAACUAUCAAAUGUAUACUCCGAAUCCGACAAAGAUGAACUUGAAGGAGCGCUAGACGAAAUAAAGUGGCAUUGGGAUUUAAUUUUUAAAACCCAUAUCUACAUACUUGUUGAUCAUGGCGGAUCCUACUCUGAGUAUGAAAAUAUAUAUUACGAGAAGCAAGCUAUAUGUAGGCGCCAAAAGAGAAAGAUAUAUCUCAAAUUACAUUCUUUAGAAACGCAUAUGGAUUCACCGGUACUUUAUUCAUAUAAUUCAGAAAAUUUGGAAACAGGUAAUAAUCAAACCUGGAAAGAUUCAAUUGCAAAACAACAGCGACCUUCAUCAAAUUUUAGCAUCAGCAAAAAUUCGCUGUCAACGCAUUUCGAUACACAAGGUCAAGGAAAUGCAAAUUUAAAUUGUAAUUCUACGCAAGCAGAGCAAUCAUUUCAAUAUAAAUCGGACAAGAAAAUCUCUUCGUCUUCGGCAAUGGUGGAAGGUUUAGCAGAAAGUGGUAACAAUCAGCAGAUACCAUCAGGCAUAGCAAUGAUGCCAAUACAGAAGACCACUGAUGUGCAGCAGGAAACAUCGAUAGUGGCAUUGGCGGAAGCAGUGGCAGCCAGUCUCGGAGUGGACUCCAAAGAGCCCACCCGGUACCGGACUCCGAUAGGUCUUAGUGUUAAUCACAGUAUACAUGCAGAUAAUUAUCAAGGCGGAGAAUUAUCCAAAUUGGCAGAAAGCGUAGCACAGUCGUUAACUGACUACAGCAAGGAGCAACAUAGCACAGAAGAAAAAGAAAGUUUGUCUCAGUCCAUUUCUUAUAAGAAGAAUAAAAAUUUAAAUAGUAGCUUAGUAUUGUCUAAGCCAUUUUUAGAAGCGCCGAUUCAAUUGAAGGUCAAAAGGAAAGUUCAGAAAGAAAGGUAA